AUGGGUAAUCUUAAGGAGGACAUCGAGUCUACCAAGGCCGAGGGCCUUGUAGAGAACCAUCAUUACAGAGAUGCUACUCUACCGCCAUGGAGAUUUUGGCUGCUCAGCAUUGGACUCUGUCUCGGACUAUUUCUUUCCAUGUUGGAUGCUUCUAUUGUGGCAACGAGUCUGUACACAAUCGGCACAGAGUUUGACUCGGUCGAUCUGAUUAACUGGGUUGCACUCGCAUACACGCUCACAUACCUGAGCUGUGCCGUCUUGGUGGCUCGGGCAUCCGACAUUGUUGGCCGCCGCAAUGCCUUUUUGGCAAGCUUCAUCAUCUUCUUUGCCUUUUCCCUGGGCUGCGGGUUUGCCCAGAACCUGGAGCAGUUGGUUGCAUGCCGUGCUCUUCAAGGUUUGGGAGGGUCUGGCCUUUAUUCGAUCACCAUGAUUAUAUUCCCCGAGGUAGCUCCCAAGCACCUGCUUCAGUACAUGUCCAGCCUCGUCGGUAUGGUCAUUGCUAGUGCCGGUGUGCUUGGGCCAGUCCUGGGAGGUAUUCUCACCCAUUACGCCUCUUGGCGAUGGAUCUUCUGGAUCAAUGGGCCUGUUGGUUUCGUUUCAAUGCUCAUCUUCUACUUCACGUGGCCCGAUGCCAAACACCUCCCGACACUGCAACGUAGACGCUGGAAGGAGUUGGACGUUGUAGGCUCUUUUCUGCUUGUUGCAGCAUCCGUUCUGGUUGUCUUCUCUUUCCAAAAUGUUGGUGCAGAUGGCAACAAGUGGCGUCAGGCCGUAUUCAUCGCCCCCGUUACAGUCGGCGGCGUGUGCUUCGUUUUGCUGCUGGGAUGGGAGGCGUUCGUCGCCAAGUACUGGAGCAACCGCAUCAUGGCGGCUAUUCCGAUGCGGCUUCUUCGCAACCGUGUCUACGUCGCCACCAUCCUCAACACGAUGUUCCUCGGGUUCCCGUAUCUUUUGGUCAUCUACGCCUUCCCUGUCCACCUGCAGAUCGUCAAUGGGAAGACCUCUUUACUUGCCGGUAUCCUGCUUCUGCCGAUGCUAGGCUCUGUUGCGCUGGGGACCACUCUUGGCGGGAUUAUCAACAAGAAGCAGAACCGACUUUUCGAGACGAUGGCCGCGGCAAGCUGCUUCGUGUGUAUUGGCUGCGGCUUGAUGACGACGCUCUCGUCGUCUGUCGAACUGGAACCCAAAGCACUCGGGUUUCUUACCUUUAUCGGCUUUGGCUUUGGGCUAUCGGCCACUUCGUCAACCGUUCUGGGAGCGACUGAGUCAGAGAUUCCAGACCAUGCCCCCGCGCAAGGAAUCAUUGCACAGGUGCGGAUUCUCGGCGGCAGUCUGGGAAUCGCCGCUUCCACGGCGAUCUUGGGCAACUUCAUGCGGGACGAGUUGACCGGUGUGCUAAGCCCGGGACAGCUUGCGUCGCUUCAUGGAGCUGGAGCGAACUUGACGGAGGCGCAAGCUGCAGCCGUACGUCAGGUCUACACAGACUCUUUCUGCAAGGAUAUGCAAGUGGGAGCUAUUCUUUCCGGCAUAGCAAUCCUAUUGAGCCUUGGUGUCUAUCGUCGAAAUCGAGUCACUAUCGAGGAGCAGCGGCAAAUGCACACCAGAGCUGAAGUAGAGAGACGGCGGAGGGCAUCGGCGGCGACUACGUUGGUUUCUUCGACGACAACGGACUAA